AUGGCGGUGGCCUGGCACAGAGACAAAGGCAGCGAAGGGGUGGAGCAACACUGUGGAAGAAACGGCUUCGGCUACAGCCUCCCGCAGCAGCAGCCGGCGGCGGUGGCGCGGCGGAACGAGCGGGAGAGGAACCGCGUCAAGUUGGUCAACCUGGGCUUCGCCACGCUGCGCGAGCACGUCCCCAACGGCGCCGCCAACAAGAAGAUGAGCAAGGUGGAGACCCUCCGCUCCGCCGUCGAGUACAUCCGAGCCCUCCAGCAGCUCCUGGACGAGCACGACGCCGUCAGCGCCGCCUUCCAGGCGGGCGUCCUCUCGCCCACCAUCUCCCCCAACUACCCCAACGACAUGAACUCCAUGGCAGGCUCGCCUGUCUCCUCCUACUCCUCGGACGAAGGAUCCUACGAUCCCCUCAGCCCGGAAGAGCAAGAGCUCCUGGACUUCACCAACUGGUUCUGAGAGGCCCGGGGUGGCCCUCUUGGCUGGGACUUGGCAGCAGGAUUUGUUGAAAAAUGGAUACAUCUUACUGCCGCUUUUCCCUUCUCAUUAUGGGAAGGGAAAAGGAAACGAAGACAGUGAAGCACAGAAGGAGUUGGACUUUUUCUCCAAGAAACCUGAAGCACUCCCAGAUUCUGCCUUUGCACUCCAGGCUGUUCAACAUGACAUGCAGCCCCUAUUAGUGUUUACUUGGAAAUAAGACCCAGUAUGUUUCAUGAGACUUCCUACAUUCAGAUAAGUGUAUGUAGGUUUGCCUUAUAUUGCCUGGUGUGACUUACAUCCAAGUAAACAUGCACAGAUUCAGUCUACACUAUGGUCAUAGACACAAGAAGGGGCGCAUGACAUGGUGGGAUAUCUCUCAGUCUAUUGUCUAUCCCAAAACUUUAAAAACAGCACUACCUGUUCCAUACCAGUCUUCAAUAGAGCAAUGAGCUUCCCUUUCUGCUGAUAUGAAUGCAGUAUUGGCCCUUUGGAAAGACUGUUUUACCUACUGGAUAAUGCUCCUGAACAUGCAGUGCAAUCUCAAACAUUUUUACUCAGAUGUAAGUCCAACAGUAUACAAUAGGACUUAUUUCCUAGUAAUUGACCUUAGGAUUGCAGCUGUGUAGAUUUCCUGUAUCCACACUUAUUAAAUUUAGUGAGACCUUCUCUUAGGUCUACGUGAAAAGCAUUGCCACCCUAGUUGCCUAUUAUUGUGGAGAUUUUGCAAAUCAAAACUAUGCUGAAUUCAAAGAAUCCUCUGAAAUAUCUCCCUCUCCCCUUUGUCUGCUUUCCCACUGCCAUUCCCACCACAAAAUGCUUCCAUUUUUUCUUGUGAACUUUUUAUUAUAUAUAUUAAAAAUCUAUUUGUAUCAAUCCUAACCAAUUUGGGGGAUAUAUUAAGCUAUUUUUGUAUAUAAGAGACAGAGAAAUUUAUAAACUUUUUGUACAAAAUGUUUUAAAAUGUGUAUAUCUUGAUAACUUUUUUAAAAAAAUAUGUAAUGCUUAUUACCUCUUCAUAUCUAGAUUAGUAGUCAAUGCAACCUUACAACUGCCAUGUUUUUGUUAUGUGGUUUUGUAAAGGACUUGGAAAUGCCUCCAGAGGUACUUUAGCACCAACGUGUCUUACUUUUUUAUAGAAACUUUGCUAAUGUAUUAAUAAUGUUAUUAAACAAUGUUCAGAGUGAACAAACUUUAUGCAGCUAUUGUCCAAACGCAAAAUAGUAGCUAUUUAUUAUACAAGCUGCUGCCUUUUGAAGAAAGAAGAAAAAUAAAAAGGAGGGGUGGGGGGGCUCUUUUACCACUGCCUUUUCAUGCUGUUUUAUUACCAACUGACAAA